GGCCGCACUCCGCGUCGCCGGCCGCGCUGGUCGCGCCGGAGGCGGCGACGAUGCCGCCUGCGGCGUCGCCGACAGCCGCGAGGAGCUCUCCGGCCGCGCCGGGACCGGCGUUGCCCAGUGGUCCGUGGGACAGCAUGUCGCUUCGUGAGAAGCGCGACGUGAUCAACAGGGAGCCGCCAGCCACGUGCACGUGGUGGGUGUCUGGUGCCCGAGUGCCACAAAAAGCGACGCGCGCCGACCUGAAAAAGUUGGCGGAGGGCGCGUUCGGCAAGGUCGACGCCGCGCGCGAGAUUGACAGGUGCUUCUUCGUGUUCUUUGAGGACGAGAAGGCUGAGGUGGCUGCGACUCGGGCCGAGCAGUUUGAACCCCAAGAACCCCAUCGACGUUGGCUCGCCUACGUGAGCACGGAUGGCCCGCGCGUCGAGAAGAGCGGCAUCUUGUUCAAGGUGCGCGGGAGCGCCGCCGACGAGGAGGUCGACGCCAUCUUGAUCAAGCUUGCGAAGGACCUUGGCGUGUGGCUGCUGCCUGGCCGGCGCCGCCAGCAGAAGGCCCCCGGGUAUUUCCUUAUCUUCGGCGACUGGUCCGGCGUUGUGAACCGCGUGACCAAGCUGGAAAAGGCGUUCGUGAACGGGCACGCGGUCGACAUCCAGUCGAUGGAGCCGCAGAAGAAGUCCAAGGCUUCUGAGAAGGACCCCAGCGGCGCUGGCGACAGCGGCCGUGCCUGGCGAUUCUGA